AUGGCAAUAUCACAAGAUUCUAAGGUUCCUCCUCCAUUACCACCUCGUCGUAAUAUAGGCACGGGUGAAAAUAUAGAAUUUGCGAAACAUGGAAAGACGCCUCCCGCUUGGUUAUGUACUUUGAUACGUCAUAGUCCUGGAGACAAUGAACAUCUACACGAAUUUUAUUUAUCUGAAGCAUUCGAUAGCGAAAAUGAAACCGUACUUUUGUGUCAAAAAUGCCACAGUUGGUUUCAUUUAACAACCACCGCAUCAAAUAUUUCUGGAGAUAAUAUGAAUCUGGAACAAGGAAGAUGCGUUUCUAAUCGUGAUAACAAUUUACAUCACUUACAUACAACAACUAUGACAAAAACAUGUAUUUCAACUAAUUGUUGUCUGUGCAAGUUUUCUGCGAAUGUCGAAAUAAAAGAUCCUUUAAUCGAUAUGGAAAUAUUUAAUCAUUUGAGUAAAUUAAGAAAACAUUCUUCCUAUGCGAAUAUUGUAAGAAAUAACUCCGAAUCUGAAUUCAAUGCAAGUUUAAACGAUGUCAUUGAUUAUAUGAUAAAAAUAGUCGAUGAUUUACUAUCUCAUGAUAUGAGAUCUCUAACAAUUCACUGCGAAGAAUUUCAAGGGAAAAUUGGCUUGGAUGAAGCAAGCAAGGCUAUUUUCCAAAGUCUUGGUUUCCAAUUUGAGAAUAAUUGCCUUAGUCCAAUUGAUUCUUUAACCGAACAGAAUAAUAAAUUAGCAAAAGAAGAGUUAAAAAUGAUAUCUUUCGAGUUGAAUUCGAAAAAUAAUGCGAAAAAGCCGUAUGAAAAACUAGGCAAUAUUCUUGGAACGAAAUACAACAUUUCUUUCAGCGGUUCUUGUACGAAAUUUGACCCUUCAAUCGCAACUCGUCCAUCUAGCAGCUUUUUCUUAGGUUGCGUGUCUGAUAUGGACGACCAAACUUUAAUUUGGGCAUAUAAGUUGGGAAUAUUUGAAUUUCCGGAAAAAAGUUCAGAAUAUUUACAGGCAAUAUAUGAAAUGUCCAAAGAAAGGAAAAGUGAAGCAUUAGAAGAGUUGGUUGUCUUAGAACGAUCUUUAGGCAAAUUUAGUGUAGAUGAACUUAAGGAAUCUUAUAAAUGUCUAAACGUAGAGAAUGUCUCUGUCUCCGAUGAAUUAGUAAUCGAUGCUUAUAAUACAUUAGUUACUGAUCAACCUUCUUCAAGAGCAAAUUAUCGAAAUGCCUUAACUAUAAUUGCAAAGGCUAGAAAAAGUGAAAAAUUAAUAAAUUUUAUAAAUGAUGGACAAAUCAACGAGGUUCUAAUGUUAGAUUAUUUUUCAGAAAUGCCAGUAGGGUUGGACAACAUUGGGAACACCUGUUAUCUUAAUUCUUUAUUACAGUAUUAUUUUACAAUACGACCAUUACGUCAGGCUGUUUUGAAGGAUUCAUCAAGUAUUGAUGGGCAUGAACUGGACUGGCAAUCUAUUACUAUUGGUCAUAGAAAAGUGUCAAGAGCCGAGGUUGAAAGAGCUAAUAAAUUUGUCGCACUUUUGCGGGGAUUAUUUGUAAAUUUAAUACACACACAGCAAAAAUCUCUCUCUCCAGAUAUAGAUUUGGCAUAUUUAGCUCUUGUCAAUGCCAAAAGUGAUGAAGAAGAAAACAAAGAUUCAUCGAAAUCUCCCAUAGAUUUAUCAAAUACUUCUUUAUAUGAUGAUAAAAUGGCUAUCGAUGAUCCUAGUCCUGGCCCAUCAUAUAAGGAUACAGAUCAUGUUAUGACAUCUGAGACGAAUGAUCAUAAUUAUAUAUCUGAAGAAGAGACUGUUGUAAUAAUGGAAGGCACUGCAGCUUCAACCGAUAAUAAAAAUGGAGAUGCGAUGUCUCCCAUGUUCCAACAAAAUGAUGAGACAAAUACACCUUAUUCUUCAAAGGGAAAGGAAAAAGAAAGUAAUCAGACGGACCUAUCAUCCGAUUUAUUUAACAAUACUAAAGAAGAAAAACUUAGAACAGCUUCAGAAAUGUUGUUUGGUAAACAACAUGAUGUCACUGAAUGUAUGGAUAAUGUCAUGUUCCAACUCGAAGCUGCAUUAAAAUCAUCAUUUAUGAUUGAUGAAAAUGGCGAAAUUGUUGCUGAAGGGCGUGAUCUGUAUGAAGGAUUAGAUGUUUAUUUUGAUACGUCUAUGGUCGAGUAUGAUGGCACUCAAGCGAUAAGAGAAGUUACUAUUACUAAGGUACCCCCUAUAUUACAAAUUCAUGUUCAGCGCGUGCAAUUUGAUCGAUCUACAUCCAACAUUUAUAAAUCAAAUGCUUAUCUUCGAUUCGAUAAAGUUAUUUACCUUGAUAGAUACUUGGAAAAAAACUACGAUUUAUUAAAACAAAAACGGAAUGAAGCCCACAUUUGGAGACAGGAUAUAGACAAAAUGCAAGAAGAGCUUAAAGAUUAUGAACAUGAUAAGAAAACCGCGUUAUCUACAGUCGAUUUGCUUAAAUCGACUGCUGAAUUCAUUCAUGUUAUGAAAAACCAAUAUGCUAAUACUAUGUUUGAUGAGAAUUUCAAUUGGCAGUUAUCUGCCCUGGAACAAGAAAGCAAUUUUGUUAAUAAUGCAAUUGGAGAGAUUCAUAGUAAAACAACAGUAUUAAAGUCAAAAUUAAAAGAGCAUUAUCAAGACCUACGAGAAUGCGAGUAUCGCUUACACGCUGUUUUCAUACAUAGUGGUCAAGCAACUUUUGGUCAUUACUGGAUAUAUAUAUAUGAUUUUGAAAAGGAUCGAUGGUUGAAGUUUAACGAUUCAUAUGUAACAGAGUUAGAAGAACGUGAAGUCUUUGCUGAUACUACAGGUUCAUCAGCAAAUCCUUAUUGUAUGGUUUACGUGCGAGCACAAGAAGCUAAAGAAUUAGUAGAAACA